AUGAUAUUUAUUACUUUUUUCUUAAUUGCUUAAGGUUUCAUUACAUAUGAUGAAGGCACAUUUAGAGCGUUUCAAAUUGUCAACAAAGGAUUCCUCUGUUUUGGUAACAGGGGAAAAACAUAAGAUAUUAAAUUUAGAGACUCAUUUGAAAAUAUCCCUUAAGUUAUUCUGAUUCCAGAAUUAUUUGAUAUCCCUGGAACUAAGGUUGACUACAGUUUGGAAAUAACACAAAUAACUUUAACUAGUUAAAUUGUAUAUAUAAUUUAGAAUUUACUCUCAGCAUAAAAUGCUUUGAUGGAGUAGUUUAUGGAAUUCACUAUAAGUGGCUUUCAAUUGAUGAUGCAAGAAUCUAAGUUAUUAAUAAUUUUAAUAUAAAAAAUUUUCAGCAAAUAACUAUAGAUCAUUCAAAUCCAAACGCCUUAAAAUAUUUAAUAAAUGUCAUUGCUUUUUCUUUUACAGGGUCUGUAAAUUUUGAAGUUAAAGUAAAUUAAUUAUUAAACUUUCAGGUCUCUGAGAUAAACGCUAAGAGUCUAACAAUUAUAAUAUCAGAUCAAUAAAAUUCUCUAUCAAAUCUUACUUCUCUGAGUUACCAAAUAAUUUUAGGAAUAAAUGAUAUUUUUUAGAUAUAUGAGAAGAAAAUAAGUUCCCUUUCUAUUAGUAAUUCAUUUCCAUUAAUCUAAUGGUCAUGGUUCCUUUUGCCAUUUUAAGGAUUUUAACACGAUGGAAUAAAUGCUUUGAAAUUCAAAAAAGAAUAUGUUUUAUCUGUUAAUAGUCUGGCAUAUGAAUUUAGCGGUGGAAAUUUUGAAAGUUAUUAAAGUUGUUGCUGUAUUCAAACUUUCUAUUAUAUACCAUGUUGGAUGAAAUAUGAGCAUAUCACCUAAGCGACACCUCUUGAGAUUGGUUCAGUUUUAAUUAAGUAGUUAUUUGAUAGCAAAGUUGAUUAUAUCCAAUCCUUCAAAGUCUUAAUUGAUGGAGACAAUUAAAUAGCAAAAGAUUCAGGGGAAACAAGAAUAAUUAUCGAUGAAGCAGAUAAAUAGCCAAUUUUAAAUCUUCAUGUGAAAUGUACUGAUCAAGAAACUGUGAAAAUAAACCUAAUCUUCUAAAAUUCUAAUGAAAAUAGUAUUACAAAUCCUAUACUCCACAGCUGCUCGGGCUCUUACUAAGAAGUGAUAAUUUCUUUUUCCCUUAUACCUACUAUAGUAGCUUAUUAAGAGUUAAUAGUUGAUAUUUAAGAAACAGAAUGUUAAAUUUCACAAGUAUUAACCAAUUAAAGGCAAAGUCGGCAGCAUCUAUUCUUUAUUCAGAAAUAAUGA